AUGUGGGGGACGCCGAGCACCACGGUGCGGAGCAUCCGUCCCUACCAGUCCAGCGAGCAGUACCUCUACGCCAUGAAGGAGGAUUUGGCGGAAUGGCUGAAGGAGCUGUACGACCUAGACAUCGAGGUGGGCACCUUCAUGGAGGUCCUGGAGACGGGGGCCGUGCUCUGCUCCCACGCCAACAACGUCACCCACGUGGCCGGGGAGUUUGCCCGCGCCUGCCCCGGCGUGGCCCACCAUCUCCGCCUGCCCACCACCGGCGUCACCUGUAACCUCGCGGCACAGCCAGGCACCUUCCAGGCCAGGGACAACGUCUCCAACUUCAUCCAGUGGUGCAGGAAGGAGAUGGAUAUUAAAGAUGUCCUGAUGUUCGAGACGGAGGACCUGGUGCUGAGGAAGAACGAGAAGAACUUCGUGCUGUGUCUGCUGGAGCUGGCGCGCCGCGCCACCCGCUUCGGCAUGCGCGCCCCGACCCUCGUGCAGAUGGAGGAGGAGAUUGAGGAGGAGCUCCGCCAGGAGCUGGACCUGCC